AUGACCAGGGCUCCUUCUCCUCCUCAUCUGCUGCUCUCAUCACCUCCUCAUCUGCUGCUCUCCUCAUCACCUCCUCUGCUGCUCUUAUCACCUCCUCAUCUGCUGCUCUCCUCAUCACCUCCUCAUCUGCUGCUCUUAUCACCUCCUCAUCUGCUGCUCUCAUCACCUCCUCUGCUGCUCUCAUCACCUCAUCUGCUGCUCUCAUCACCUCAUCUGCUGCUCUCAUCACCUCCUCAUCUGCUGCUCUCAUCACCUCCUCAUCUGCUGCUCUCCUCAUCACCUCCUCUGCUGCUCUUAUCACCUCCUCAUAUGCUGCUCUCCUCAUCACCUCCUCAUCUGCUGCUCUUAUCACCUCCUCAUCUGCUGCUCUCAUCACCUCAUCUGCUGCUCUCAUCACCUCCUCAUCUGCUGCUCUCAUCACCUCCUCAUCUGCUGCUCUCCUCAUCACCUCCUCUGCUGCUCUUAUCACCUCCUCAUCUGCUGCUCUCCUCAUCACCUCCUCAUCUGCUGCUCUCAUCAUCUCCUCAUCUGCUGCUCUUAUCACCUCCUCAUCUGCUGCUCUCAUCACCUCCUCAUCUGCUGCUCUCAUCACCUCAUCUGCUGCUCUCAUCACCUCCUCAUCUGCUGCGCUCUUCACCUCCUCAUCUGCUGCUCUCAUCACCUCCUCAUCUGCUGCUCUUAUCACCUCCUCAUCUGCUGCUCUCAUCACCUCAUCUGCUGCUCUCAUCACCUCCUCAUCUGCUGCGCUCUUCACCUCCUCAUCUGCUGCUCUCAUCACCUCCUCAUCUGCUGCUCUCAUCACCUCAUCUGCUGCUCUCAUCACCUCCUCAUCUGCUGCUCUCUUCUCCUCCUCAUCUGCUGCUCUCAUCACCUCCUCAUCUGCUGCUCUCAUCACCUCAUCUGCUGCUCUCAUCACCUCCUCAUCUGCUGCUCUCAUCACCUCCUCAUCUGCUGCUCUCAUCACCUCCUCAUCUGCUGCUCUCAUCACCUCCUCCUCUGCUGCUCUUAUCACCGCCUCAUCUGCUGCUCUCCUCAUCACCUCCUCAUCUGCUGCUCUCAUCACCUCCUCAUCUGCUGCUCUUAUCACCUCCUCAUCUGCUGCUCUCAUCACCUCAUCUGCUGCUCUCAUCACCUCCUCAUCUGCUGCGCUCUUCACCUCCUCAUCUGCUGCUCUCAUCACCUCCUCAUCUGCUGCUCUCAUCACCUCAUCUGCUGCUCUCACCACCUCCUCAUCUGCUGCUCUCAUCACCUCCUCAUCUGCUGCUCUCAUCACCUCAUCUGCUGCUCUCAUCACCUCCUCAUCUGCUGCGCUCUUCACCUCCUCAUCUGCUGCUCUCAUCACCUCCUCAUCUGCUGCUCUCAUCACCUCCUCAUCUGCUGCUCUCUUCUCCUCCUCAUCUGCUGCUCUCAUCACCUCCUCAUCUGCUGCUCUCCUCAUCACCUCCUCAUCUGCUGCUCUCAUCACCUCCUCAUCUCUGCUGCUCUCUCAUCUCUCCUCACCUCAUCUGCUGCUCUCAUCACCUCCUCAUCUGCUGCUCUCAUCACCUCCUCUGCUGCUCUCUCACCUCCUCAUCUGCUGCUCUCUCACCUCAUCUGCUGCUCCAUCACUCCUCACUCUGCCUCACUCCUCAUCUGCUGCUCUCUCACCUCCUCAUCCUGCUCUCUCACCUCAUCUGCUGCUCUCUCACUCUCAUCUGCUGCUCUCUUCUCUCCUCAUCUGCUGCUCUCAUCACCUCCUCUGCUCUUAUCACCUCCUCUGCUGCUCUCAUCACUCAUCUGCUGCUCUUAUCCUCAUCUGCUGCUCUCAUCACCUCACUGCUGCUCAUCCUCCUCAUCUGCUGCUCUCAUCACCUCCUCAUCUGCUGCUGCUCCUCAUCACCUCCUCUGCUGCUCUUAUCACCUCUCCUCUGCUGCUCUCCUCAUCCCUCCUCAUCUGCUGCUCUUAUCACCUCCAUCUGCUGCUCUCAUCACCUCCUCUCUGCUCUCUCACCUCAUCUGCUGCUCUCAUCACCUCCUCAUCUGCUGCGCUCUUCACCUCCUCAUCUGCUGCUCUCAUCACCUCCUCAUCUGCUGCUCUUAUCACCUCCUCAUCUGCUGCUCUCAUCACCUCCUGCUGCUCUCAUCACCUCAUCUGCUGCUCUCAUCACCUCCUCAUCUGCUGCGCUCUUCACCUCCUCAUCUGCUGCUCUCAUCACCUCCUCAUCUGCUGCUCUCAUCACCUCAUCUGCUGCUCUCAUCACCUCCUCAUCUGCUGCUUUCUUCUCCUCCUCAUCUGCUGCUCUCAUCACCUCCUCAUCUGCUGCUCUCCUCAUCACCUCCUCAUCUGCUGCUCUCAUCACCUCCUCCUCUGCUGCUCUUAUCACCGCCUCAUCUGCUGCUCUCCUCAUCACCUCCUCAUCUGCUGCUCUCAUCACCUCCUCAUCUGCUGCUCUUAUCACCUCCUCAUCUGCUGCUCUCAUCACCUCAUCUGCUGCUCUCAUCACCUCCUCAUCUGCUGCGCUCUUCACCUCCUCAUCUGCUGCUCUCAUCACCUCCUCAUCUGCUGCUCCCAUCACCUCAUCUGCUGCUCUCACCACCUCCUCAUCUGCUGCUCUCAUCACCUCCUCAUCUGCUGCUCUCAUCACCUCCUCAUCUGCUGCUCUCAUCACCUCCUCAUCUGCUGCGCUCUUCACCUCCUCAUCUGCUGCUCUCAUCACCUCCUCAUCUGCUGCUCUCAUCACCUCAUCUGCUGCUCUCAUCACCUCCUCAUCUGCUGCUCUCUUCUCCUCCUCAUCUGCUGCUCUCAUCACCUCCUCAUCUGCUGCUCUCCUCAUCACCUCCUCAUCUGCUGCUCUCAUCACCUCCUCAUCUGCUGCUCUCAUCACCUCCUCAUCUGCUGCUCUCCUCAUCUGCUGCUCUCAUCACCUCCUCAUCUGCUGCUCUUAUCACCUCCUCAUCUGCUGCUCUCAUCACCUCCUCUGCUGCUCUCAUCACCUCCUCUCAUCUGCUGCUCUCAUCACCUCAUCUGCUGCUCUCAUCACCUCCUCAUCUGCUGCGCUCUUCACCUCCUCAUCUGCUGCUCUCAUCACCUCCUCAUCUGCUGCUCUCAUCACCUCAUCUGCUGCUCUCAUCACCUCCUCAUCUGCUGCUCUCUUCUCCUCCUCAUCUGCUGCUCUCAUCACCUCCUCAUCUGCUGCUCUCCUCAUCACCUCCUCAUCUGCUGCUCUCAUCACCUCCUCAUCUGCUGCUCUCAUCACCUCCUCAUCUGCUGCUCUCGUCACCUCAUCUGCUGCUCUUAUCACCUCCUCAUCUGCUGCUCUCAUCACCUCCUCUGCUGCUCUCAUCACCUCAUCUGCUGCUCUCAUCACCUCCUCAUCUGCUGCUCUCAUCACCUCCUCAUCUGCUGCUCUCAUCACCUCCUCAUCUGCUGCUCUCAUCACCUCCUCUGCUGCUCUCCUCAUCACCUCCUCAUCUGCUGCUCUCAUCACCUCCUCAUCUGCUGCGCUCUUCACCUCCUCAUCUGCUGCUCUCAUCACCUCCUCAUCUGCUGCUCUCAUCACCUCCUCAUCUGCUGCGCUCUUCACCUCCUCAUCUGCUGCUCUCAUCACCUCCUCAUCUGCUGCUCUCAUCACCUCCUCAUCUGCUGCUCUCAUCACCUCCUCAUCUGCUGCGCUCUUCACCUCCUCAUCUGCUGCUCUCAUCACCUCCUCAUCUGCUGCUCUCAUCACCUCCUCAUCUGCUGCUCUCAUCACCUCCUCAUCUGCUGCUCUUAUCACCUCCUCAUCUGCUGCUCUCAUCACCUCCUCAUCUGCGGCUCUCAUCACCUCCUCAUCUGCGGCUCUCAUCACCUCCUCAUCUGCUGCUCUUAUCACCUCCUCUGCUGCUCUCAUCACCUCAUCUGCUGCUCUCAUCACCUCCUCAUCUGUUGCUCUCAUCACCUCCUCUGCUGCUCUCAUCACCUCAUCUGCUGCUCUCAUCACCUCCUCAUCUGCUGCUCUCAUCACCUCCUCAUCUGCUGCUCUUAUCACCUCUUCAUCUGCUGCUCUCAUCACUUCCUCUGCUGCUCUCAUCACCUCCUCAUCUGCAGCGCUCUUCACCUCCUCAUCUGCUGCUCUCAUCACCUCCUCAUCUGCUGCUCUCAUCACCUCCUCAUCUGCUGCUCUCAUCACCUCAUCUGCUGCUCUCAUCACCUCCUCAUCUGCUGCUCUCAUCACCUCCUCAUCUGCUGCUCUCCUCAUCACCUCCUCUGCUCCUCUCAUCACCUCCUCUGCUGCUCUCAUCACCUCCUCUGCUGCUCUCAUCACCUCCUCAUCUGCUGCUCUCAUCACCUCCUCAUCUGCUGCUCUCAUCACCUCCUCUGCUGCUCUGCUCAUCACCUCCUCAUCUGCUGCUCUCAUCACCUCCUCAUCUGCUGCGCUCUUCACCUCCUCAUCUCUGCUGCUCUCAUCACCUCCUCAUCUGCUGCUCUCAUCACCUCCUCAUCUGCUGCGCUCUUCACCUCCUCAUCUGCUGCUCUCAUCACCUCCUCAUCUGCUGCUCUCAUCACCUCCUCAUCUGCUGCUCUCAUCACCUCCUCAUCUGCUGCGCUCUUCACCUCCUCAUCUGCUGCUCUCAUCACCUCCUCAUCUGCUGCUCUCAUCACCUCCUCAUCUGCUGCUCUCAUCACCUCCUCAUCUGCUGCUCUUAUCACCUCCUCAUCUGCUGCUCUCAUCACCUCCUCAUCUGCGGCUCUCAUCACCUCCUCAUCUGCGGCUCUCAUCACCUCCUCAUCUGCUGCUCUUAUCACCUCCUCUGCUGCUCUCAUCACCUCAUCUGCUGCUCUCAUCACCUCCUCAUCUGUUGCUCUCAUCACCUCCUCUGCUGCUCUCAUCACCUCAUCUGCUGCUCUCAUCACCUCCUCAUCUGCUGCUCUCAUCACCUCCUCAUCUGCUGCUCUUAUCACCUCUUCAUCUGCUGCUCUCAUCACUUCCUCUGCUGCUCUCAUCACCUCCUCAUCUGCAGCGCUCUUCACCUCCUCAUCUGCUGCUCUCAUCACCUCCUCAUCUGCUGCUCUCAUCACCUCCUCAUCUGCUGCUCUCAUCACCUCAUCUGCUGCUCUCAUCACCUCCUCAUCUGCUGCUCUCAUCACCUCCUCAUCUGCUGCUCUCCUCAUCACCUCCUCUGCUCCUCUCAUCACCUCCUCUGCUGCUCUCAUCACCUCCUCUGCUGCUCUCAUCACCUCCUCUGCUGCUCUCAUCACCUCCUCUGCUGCUCUCCUCAUCACCUCCUCUGCUGCUCUCCUCAUCACCUCCUCUGCUGCUCUCUUCACCUCCUCAUCUGCUGCUCUCUUCAUCACCUCCUCUGCUGCUCUCUUCACCUCCUCAUCUGCUGCUCUCUUCACCUCCUCAUCUGCUGCUCUCUUCACCUCAUCUGCUGCUCUCAUCACCUCAUCUGCUGCUCUCAUCACCUCCUCAUCUGCUGCUCUCAUCACCUCCUCAUCUGCUGCUCUCAUCACCUCAUCUGCUGCGCUCUUCACCUCCUCAUCUGCUGCUCUCUUCACCUCCUCAUCUGCUGCUCUCAUCACCUCCUCAUCUGCUGCUCUCAUCACCUCAUCUGCUGCUCUCAUCACCUCCUCACCUGCUGCUCUCAUCACCUCCUCAUCUGCUGCUCUCAUCACCUCCUCAUCUGCUGCUCUUAUCACCUCCUCAUCUGCUGCUCUCAUCACCUCAUCUGCUGCUCUCCUCAUCACCUCAUCUGCUGCUCUCCUCAUCACCUCAUCUGCUGCGCUCUUCACCUCCUCAUCUGCUGCUCUCCUCAUCACCUCAUCUGCUGCUCUCAUCACCUCAUCUGCUGCUCUCAUCACCUCCUCUGCUGCUCUCCUCAUCACCUCCUCUGCUCCUCUCAUCACCUCCUCUGCUGCUCUCAUUACCUCCUCUGCUGCUCUCAUCACCUCCUCUGCUGCUCUCAUCACCUCCUCUGCUGCUCUCCUCAUCACCUCCUCUGCUGCUCUCCUCAUCACCUCUGCUGCUCUCUUCACCUCCUCAUCUGCUGCUCUCUUCAUCACCUCCUCUGCUGCUCUCUUCACCUCCUCAUCUGCUGCUCUCUUCACCUCAUCUGCUGCUCUCUUCACCUCCUCAUCUGCUGCUCUCCUCAUCACCUCCUCUGCUGCUCUCUUCAUCACCUCCUCUGCUGCUCUCAUCACCUCCUCUGCUGCUCUCAUCACCUCCUCUGCUGCUCUCAUCACCUCCUCAUCUGCUGCUCUCAUCACCUCCUCUGCUGCUCUCCUCAUCACCUCCUCUGCUGCUCUCAUCAUCACCUCCUCUGCUGCUCUCUUCACCUCCUCAUCUGCUGCUCUCUUCACCUCAUCUGCUGCUCUCUUCACCUCAUCUGCUGCUCUCUUCACCUCCUCAUCUGCUGCUCUCUUCACCUCCUCAUCUGCUGCUCUCCUCAUCACCUCCUCUGCUGCUCUCUUCACCUCCUCAUCUGCUGCUCUCCUCCUCUGGACGUGAAGGAGACCAGUGA